AUGGAAACGCCAACUCCUCUUGAGAGUUUGAAUAAAAUUAAGCUUAAAGACCUUAAAACAAAUUCUACCUUUGAGGCAAAUAAGCUUUGGCAGGAGGAACCGGUUUUGCUCUUAAUUGUACGACGUCCUGGUUGUCAAUUAUGUCGUCAACAAUCCGUAAAACUAGCCUCUUAUCGUGAUUUAAUAACCACAAAAUUGGGCGUUAAAAUGAUAUCAAUUGUACGUGAAAAUUUGGAAAACGAGGUAGAAGAAUUUAAUAAAGAUUUUUGGAAAGGACAAGUUUAUUUAGACGAAGAAUCUUCAUUUUAUUCUACACUCGGAGGCGGGAAACUUAACGUUGCGGGCAUACUCAACUUUUUAAAACCCUCUGUAUGGUCAAAUUUAAGAUCCAAUUUUAAAACUACCAUCAGAGGAAAUAUGAAGGGUGAUGGAAAAAUAACUGGUGGUAUUUAUAUCAUUAACAAAGGAUCAAAAGGUGUAGAAUUUCAAUAUCACGAAAAAGUAUGGGGUGAUUAUCCUCCAUUCGAACAAAUCAUUGAAGCUCUUGAAAAAGUUUCACCUAAUAAAGAUGAUCCUUCUGUUAAAUCUGAAGUUCGUGAAACUUUGGAAAAAAUUAAAAAGGGUGAAAUCUCUUAUGAUAUAAACGCACCUACUUGUAAUCAAGAUACUAAAGUGUGUGUUUUUUAA